UGUAUAAUGUGCUUUGUAAUAUAUACUCUAUAUUCAAUACUUGAGGCCUCAAAAGGUAAAGCAUGAUACGAAACAACGUGAGUCUAUUUUUCGUUCUAUGUAUUUUGUGUAUUGUAAGUUAUUCGCAAUGUUACAAAAUUUUGGCCAUUAUUUCAACAUCAUCCUACAGCCAUCAGAUUCCGUUUCGAUCAUUAUGGCUCGAAUUGCACGCGCGUGGUCACGAGAUUGUAUUGGUCACCACGAAUCCUAUACCGAAUAUCAACUUACCAAAUUUCACUCAGAUCGAUGUAAGUCAAAUUCAUACUCAUUUAAAAAUGAUAGAUUUCGUCAAGUUACGAAUUGAAAAAUUGGAUUGGAUGAAUGUUGUGGAUAAUUUAAUCCCUAUAUUCGAUAACCAGAUAUUCGAGGUAUUCGAAUCCACAGAAAUGAAAAAGCUAUAUGCUCCGAAUAGUAAUGUAACAUUCGAUAUCUUUUUAACAGAGUUUAUCUAUGUGUCGCCCAUAUAUGCUUUUGCGCAUAGAUUUAACGCUUCUUUAAUAGGAUUGUGCUCGUUAGGAUUGCAUAGCUUUAAUGAAAUUAUACUUGGAGGAUUGGUUUUUCCUUCUCAUGAAUAUACUUGGGAAAUGGAAGAAGGCACGGGAAUAAAUUUGCCGUUCUUCAAACGAUUGAACAAUUUUAUAAAAAUGUGGCAUUUCCAGUAUUAUUUAAAUAGCAAAGUAUCUAAGUAUCAAAAAAUAGCGGAGAAAUAUCUUGGACCAUUACCACCUUUGUUGGAUAUCAUGAGCAACACUAGUAUGCUUUUUAUUAAUCAGGCUGAUGUUAUAACACCAGGACGACCGAAACUUCCUAAUAUGAUCACUUUCAAUUCUUUCCACAUAAUUAAGAAUCUACCUCCUUUGCCAAAGGAUAUACAAAAAUUUCUAGACGAAGCGAAACAAGGAUUCAUCUAUUUUAGUCUCGGUUCCAACAUAAACAGUUCAACAUUGCCAGAAGAAAUUAAAUGCACAUUUCUCGAUGUUUUUCGUAAACUGCCGUACAAAAUUAUAUGGAAGAAUGAACAGAAUUUAAACGAGAAAUUCAAUAAUAUUUACACAGGGAACUGGUUACCUCAGCAAGCGAUUCUUGCUCAUCCGAAUAUUAAACUGUUUAUUUAUCAAGGAGGUGUACAAAGCACCGAGGAAGCUAUUGAAUACGGAGUGCCAAUUAUUGGUUUCCCAAUAUUGGCGGAUCAAAUUUAUCAAAUAAGAAGAAUGGAAACUCUUGGCAUUGGAAAAUAUUUAAAAAUUGCAACUUUUACGAGAGAACAACUUGAAAAUGCUAUUAAUGAAGUCAUAAUUAAUAAAGAAUAUAAAGAGAGAAUUCUUAAUAUUCGAAAACAAAUUAGAGAUGUACCUUAUGAUGGUGUGAAACAUCUCGCUUGGUGGACAGAAUAUGUAGUAAGAACGAAAGGUGCCCCACAUCUUCGUUCUACACUAAUUCUAGAACCUUGGUAUCAACGAUUUGAUCUAGACAUUAUAAUAUUUUUGACAAUAAUAACAUUUAUCAUCGUUUUAUACGUUCUUCAUAUAAUUACUAAGUGUUUCAUAUAUUUUGUAAAAUAUUGCCAAUUUCUACAAAACAAAAAACAGAAAAUUAAUUAAUCAAAUAUAAAAUAUAAAAAAAUUAAUUUGAUUAUUAGUUCAAUAAUCAAAUUCAAUAAUCAUUAUGAAGGAUUUCUAUGAUGAGAUUUUUCUCUUAAUUUAUAAACAAUAAUUUAUAAAUUAAUUUAUUAAUUUAUCUCUGAAAAGAGGCAACUUAUCAACCUAUUUUCUAAUAAUAUAUUAUUUAUAUCAUCAAAGACCA